CAAAAUAUGGAGCCGAAAUGUGAUUAUUGUGCAACCACACAAGCAAUAAUUUACUGCAAAUACGAUUUGGCUAAACUAUGCCUAAACUGCGACGUCCAUGUACACUCUCCGAAUCCUCUGUCUCGCAGACACAUGCGUUCUCUGAUCUGCGAUAAAUGCUUCUCACAGCCUGGCAUUAUCCAAUGUCUCGACCAUAAGGUUUCAUAUUGCCAAGGAUGCCAAUGGCAUGUAAGCAACUGCUCUGCUUUAGGACAUAGACUUCAAAGGCUAGAUCCAUUCUCCGGUUGUCCUUCUCGGACGGAAUUUUCAAGAAUGUGGUCUUCAAUUCUUGAAUCUUCUGUUUCCAGUUCAGUUAAACCGUCCAUUGGUUCUUUGCCCUUGGUUGAUCCCAACAAUGACAUGUUCAACAUGUCAAAAAUCAACGAGUUAGACGAUUUGAUUGGUUCCUCUUAUUCAGUAAUGUCACAAAACAACACUUACAUUCAGAAUCUCAGUGAUCAAUCAUCUUUCUUUUCUGGGGAUUCUAAGGGAUGUCCUGAUUUGCUUUUAAAACUUGAAGAAGGGGAAGAAGAUCUAUGUGAGGGACUUAACUUGGACAAUGCGCCGUUAAACUUUGAUGUUGGAGAUGAUAUCAUCUGCUGCUCGCCACAAGAACACAUAGAAUCUGAUCAUACGUUGCCAAAUGGUCUCUUUGUUUACAAGAACAUCAUAUCUGUUACCGACUCAAACUUUACUACUGACAACCCUUUAGAGGCAACGUCAACAGGACAGAAAGAUUGCAAAAGUUAUCAACAGUCAGGUCCGUUGCAAAUGAACAUCAACAUUGGACUUCCUCUUCCUACAUCCCCGAUCUUGUUCGGACAGAUCAAUCCGAACAUCAAAGGUCAUGAAAGCCCUGUAGUGGAUUACCAGGAUUGUGGUAUGUCUACAGGGUUUAUAAUGAGUGAUUCGCCAUGGGAAUCAAAUCUUGACGUUGGGUCUCCACAAGCACGGAAUGAAGCCAAGUUGAGAUACAAAGAGAAGAAACUCAAGCGCACUUUUGGGAAACAGAUUCGAUAUGCAUCUCGCAAAGCGAGAGCUGACACGAGAAAAAGAGUGAAAGGAAGAUUCGUGAAAGCUGGCGACAAUUAUGACUAUGAUCCAUCAUCACCAACCACGAAUCAAUGAGUUUUCUUUUCCCUAAAACAAUGUAUGUCUUCUUCUCACGAUGAUGACGAUAUAUGAGUACUCUUAUACGUGGUAAAAUAGUGUCUUGUCGGAAAAGUAAGCCAAACUCUUUAAUUUUUUGCCUACAGUUUUUUUUUUCUUGAAUCGAGGAAGUUAACAUGUUGCGGCAUGGGAACGUUGGAGAACUGCACGAAGAAUGCUGAGACGAAUUGGGUGGAAAGCCAAAAUGGGUGAAAAUAUAGUACUUUUGCUUAGUUUUUACAGAAACUCUUUUUUUUAUGUUUA